UGCUUUAAUGUGUUCAUACUUCAUAAUCCCCAUCAACUUCUCCCUUCCUACAUAACACACACUCUCUCUCUGAGCUCUCUCCCCAUAUUUCCCUCUCUAUAUUCCCACGCUUAUCACGUUACCAUUCUUCUCAGCACAGCCUUCUUUAGUCAAAACCAGUGAAACUUCAUUCUUUUUCCUCACACAAACUCUCUCCCUCUCUGAUCAAACUUUCAUCUUCAAUAAAACUGCACCUCUAUCACUGAUCUUCUGAAGGAGAGGAGCAAGAAAGGCAGCCAUGGAUAGUGACAACAACAUGAGUACAGUUAAUACUAGUGUCUGGAUUUCAAACACCGACCCUUCUGUCCACGAGGAUUGUGGAGAGGAGAUGAUGAAGGGUGGGAAUUGCAAUGAGGAGUCAUGUGAAGGUUGCUUCUACCAAGCGGAGAAGAAACGGAGACUUGCGGCUGAACAGGUGAGGUUUCUGGAGAGGAGUUUUGAAGUGGAGAAGAAGCUUGAGCCAGAGAGGAAGCUCCAAUUGGCUAACCAACUUGGGCUGCAGCCAAGGCAAGUUGCCAUUUGGUUCCAGAACAGGAGAGCCCGGAGCAAGACCAAACAGAUUGAGAAGGACUAUGAUUCCCUCAAAGCUAGGUUUGAUAAGCUCAAAGCUGAUCAUGAUUCCCUCUCCAAACAGAAUCAACAUUUGAGAAAUGAGGUUGUGUUGCUGACAGAUAAGUUGCUUAUUCAAGAACAGCAUGAGGGGAACCCAAAACCAGAAACAUAUGAUGCAACUGGACCUCUGAAACAGCCCUCCUGUAGUGCUGGUGCCAAAAAGGGAGAGAAUUUUCCAAUGGUGGUGAGCAAUAAGCACGAAAAUGGUAGCUCAGAUUCUUCACAUGUAUUAGACUCUGACUUUUCUCAAGAUAAUAAUGAAGAUGAUGAUAGCCUGAGCAGGAGCCUUUUCCAACCAUUCCUAAAGCUUGAACACCAUGGGGAUGGAUUCCAAUCAUCAUGCAAUUUGGGAUUUUCCCUUGAGGACCACACAACCUCUUCUUGGUUAUGGCCCUAGCUAGCUAGCUUAGCUUGUUGCCACCUUUUACCACUAUGUCUUUCUUUGGCUUUCUCAAAAAUAACUUUUCACCUCUUAAGUUAUUUGCUUUGUAAAUUCUUCUUUAGUGUUUGGCUUUUUGAAUUAUAUAAAUUCUAAUGAGAUAUCGGUGAACAAGUACUUAGUUACU